CCCCCUGCCCGCUCUGUCUCCCUCCCUCUUUCUCCUCUGAGGCUGCGGAGUCGCCUCGCAGCAGCGAGCCGCGAGCGCCCUGCUCCCGGUCCAGGCUUGGAACUGAACUGUGGGAGCGCGGCUCCUGGAGCCCCGGCCGGAGCGGCGAGCCCAGCUCUGAGCCCGGGCGCAGCGGUCAGCCGCGGAGGCCGAUCCGGACCGAGCCGAGGCGCGGCACGCGGAGCGGGGAGCCGGCUCAGCGUCCGGCGAGCCGGGCAGAGGACCGCGGAAGGCAGGGAGCCGGCGGCGGGCAGAGGGCAGAGGGCAGAGAGCGGCCUGGCUCGCGGAGGACGCCGCCCUCCCGGAACCGCGCUCUCCGCCCGGGACGGCGGCCCGUCGUGGGGCGGGGACCCACGGUGGCCACAAGUGCGGAGCGACUCCCGGGCCCACGGCGGGGGGCGUGCCCCCUCCCAGCCCCGGCGCCGCAGCCCCGCCGCCCAAGCGCAGCGCCGCCGGGCAUGUGAGCGGGAAGCCCGGGCUGCCAGCCGCGGGGACCGGACGGAGGAGAAGCAGGAGCGCGGAGCCCGAGCCCAGCGCCCGGCUGAGUAGAUGUCCAUGCGGAGCCCUGGCCCUGCCCAGCUGGCCCCGGAUGGCGUUGGCACCAUGGUGAACUGCACCGUCAAGUCAGAGGGGAGGAAGGAGCCCUGCCACGAGGCCUCUCAGGGCUUGGCCACCACUGCUGAACCCCAGCCCGGAGACCCAGCCCGGGCCCCCCAGGAUGGUGCUGACCCCCAAGCUCCAGCCCAGGACUGCAGCUCCCCGGAGAGCAAUGGGUCCCCAGAACCCAAGAGGCCAGGAGGCUCCGAGGCUGCUUCUGGAAGGCAGGAGAAGCUGGACUUCAACCGAAAUUUAAAGGAAGUCGUGCCGGCCAUCGAGAAGCUGCUGUCCAGUGACUGGAAGGAGAAGUUUCUGGGAAGGAGCUCUGUGGAAACCAAAGAUGUCAAAGGGACCCAAGAGAGCCUGGCAGAGAAGGAGCUGCAGCUUCUGGUCAUGAUCCACCAACUGUCCACCCUGCGGGACCAGCUCCUGACAGCCCACUCAGAGCAGAAGAACAUGGCCGCCAUGCUCUUCGAGAAGCAGCAGCAGCAGAUGGAGCUGGCCCGGCAGCAGCAGGAGCAGAUCGCGAAGCAGCAGCAACAGCUAAUUCAGCAGCAGCAUAAGAUCAACCUCCUGCAGCAGCAGAUCCAGCAGGUCAACAUGCCUUAUGUCAUGAUCCCGGCCUUCCCCCCAAGCCACCAACCUCUGCCUGUCGCCCCCGACUCCCAGCUGGCUUUGCCCCUUCAGCCCAUCCCCUGCAAACCAGUGGAGUAUCCGCUGCAGCUGCUGCACAGCCCCCCUGCCCCGGUGGUGAAGAGGCCUGGGGCCAUGGCUGCCCACCACCCCCUGCAGGAGCCCUCCCAGCCCCUGAACCUCACAGCCAAGCCCAAGGCCCCCGAGCUGCCCAACACCUCCAGCUCCCCCAGCCUGAAAAUGAGCAACUGUGGGCCCCGCCCCCCCAGCCAUGGGGCCCCCACCCGAGAUCUGCAGUCCAGCCCCCCCGGCCUGCCUCUGGGCUUCCUUGGCGAAGGGGAUGCUGUCACCAAAGCCAUCCAGGAUGCUCGGCAGCUGCUGCAUGGCCACAGUGGGGCCUUAGAGAGCUCCCCUAGCACCCCUUUCCGCAAGGACCUCAUCAACCUGGACACGUCCCCAGCCAAGGAGCGGCUGGAGGAGAGCUGUGUGCACCCCCUGGAAGAAACCAUGCUGAGCUGCGACGUGGAUGGCUCCCGCCACUUCCCUGAGUCCCGGAACAGCAGCCACAUCAAGAGGCCCAUGAACGCCUUCAUGGUGUGGGCCAAGGACGAGCGGAGGAAGAUCCUCCAAGCCUUCCCAGACAUGCACAACUCCAGCAUCAGCAAGAUCCUCGGCUCCCGCUGGAAGUCCAUGACCAACCAGGAGAAGCAGCCCUACUACGAGGAGCAGGCACGGCUGAGCCGGCAGCACCUGGAGAAGUACCCCGACUACAAGUACAAGCCGCGGCCCAAGCGCACCUGCAUCGUGGAGGGCAAGAGGCUGCGGGUGGGCGAGUACAAGGCCUUGAUGCGGACCCGGCGCCAGGACGCCCGCCACAGCUACACGACCCCCCCGCAGGCCAGCCAGGUGCACAUGAGCUCCUCAGAUGUCCUGUACCCUCGUGUGGCGGGCAUGCCCCUGGCACAGCCCCUGGUGGAGCACUAUGUGCCCCGGAGCCUGGACCCCAACAUGCCUGUCAUCAUCAACACCUGCAGCCUCAGGGAGGAGGGCGAGGGCGCAGAGGACAGGCCCUCAGGGGCCGAUGGGGAGGUGUACCGGUACAGCGAGGAGGAGGACUCGGAGGGAGAGGAGAAGAGCGACGGGGAGCUGGUGGUGCUUACAGACUGAUCCCGGCCGGAGGCACCUGGUCCUCCUCCCUGGGGAAAGACCUGGCCCCAAGCUGAUGGGCACAGCCAGCCCACCUGGACUAUGUUGGUACUUGGACUUGGGCCUACCCAGGACAUGGGCACAGCUGUGCACUUGUGGAUACUUUCCUGACGGAAGAGGUCCCUCCCCAGCACCCCUGUGCGCACACCUGAGGAGCUGAGACCUGUCUCCCUGGGGCCACAUGCUUUGUUCCCAUUCUUGUCCUGGCUGGACCAGCCACCGUGGGACCAACACCCCCAACACACGACCCCCAGAUCCCUCCUCUAGCACCAGGAUCACUUUGUACUUUGUGCAAAAAGGUCUGGCUGUCCCUCGUUGUCUUGAUCUUCUGCCAAGCCCACCGUGCCUCUGGCUGCUGUGUGUGUGUGUGUGUGUGUGUACACACGUGUGCAUGUUUUUGUCUGUUCAUUCCUUGCAGGAGAUAUUUAUUGAGUGCCGCCGCGUGCAGGCACUGUUGCUGAGUUCCUGUGGGUGUCUCUCGAUGCCACUCUUGCUUCUCCGGGGGCCUCUUUCUCUGCUUCUUUGUCCCCAAAUUGCUACCUCUUAGUCUGGGUGUCUCAGGUUCUGUGCGUCCUUGAGUGCGUUUCUCUCUGGCCUUGUCUCUCUGCAGGGCCCUUUUUGUGUCUCUCUCCUUCCUCAGUGUGUGCCCUGCCCCCUGACGCCUGCUGGUCACUCUACUCUGGGUCUCUGUAGGCCCUUGGUCUGCCCCUGGGCCCACAGCACCCUGACCUCUCCUACCCGCCCCUUCACUCCCUCCCUGACUCUGCCUGUCGGUUCCCAUGGAGCCAUUUUUAGUUCCGAGCAGCAUGGGAACGUGCUCAGCCUCCAAGGGGCUCUGUGCCAGUGCCCCAGCCCCUGGCCCCAACCUGAGUGCCAAGAGUGGGGGCAGCAGGACCGAUGGCCAGUGACAGAGCCCUGGAGAGCAGGGCUCCCAUGGCCACUGGUCUCUAUCCCUCCCUCCUGAGCAGGGGGUGGGAAGGCUCCCCAUUCUUGGAAGGGGUUGGUGAGGGGAACUCAGGCUCCACUCUCCCCUCCUGCCCGCUCCCCUCCUGCCCGCUCCCCUCCCCUCCCCAACUCUGCCCUGGGGAACUUGCCUCAGUUCCAGAUCACUUUCACAAGUUAUUUCCCUAAGAAGAUCAAAUCCCAUUGGCACCCGACUCCAAAGAUCCCGAACAGCCCUCAGGUCAGAGUGAGAAGGGAGCCCCAAACCCCACAGGGGCAGAUGUGGAGCCUGUACCCGCCCCAUCUUCCCUCCCCCUCCCCAGAGCCCAACUUCUCUCCAGGCUGUUUCUUUUUUAUGACUGUAAACAUAGAUAGUGCUUUAUUUUGUUAAUAAUAAGAUAAUGAUGAGUAACUUAA